UAAGCCAAGAAAGGCAACACGAAGAUGAAGAUAAUCGCAACCAAAUAAACACCUGCUCUAUGUGUGUCUCUCUCUAAGAUCCAAUAGAGAUAUUCGGGAUAUCCAUGGAGGGCAAACCUUAUUAAAGGUUCUUCAGUUUGAACUAGAUCAGGCAGUCUGAAACAUGGUUUCAUACAAGUCCCAAAGUACACAAAGUUCAGCCACUCGAGAAUUUUCCACCCAAACCACGAAUUCGUUGGUGACCAGUGCCAAACCUGAGAAGAGAAGGAAGACAAAGUCCAUCACUUCCACCGUGAGCAGCAAGAUUGUGAGGACUUAUGUCAGAUAUGCGGGUCGACGAAGCGCCCGUUUGCGGGUGGUUCGACCAACUUCCUAUAGAUCUCCCAUGGCCACGCCUAGAAAAAUCGCUCAUCCCACUCCAAAGAAGAGUGUGGCGGCAAAGAUUGACAACAAGGGCAUCUUCAUUCGACAUUACCCAUCGCCAAAGAAGAAGGUCAACCACAAACUUCCAGAUGUGGAACGGAUUCUCCCCAAGAUCGAUAAAAGAGGAAUCGACAUCUUUAGAUUGCGAAAUUCAGUGGCUAACUUGCGAGAUGCCGCCGCUGAUAACGAAAUCGAGAGGAAGGUCAAUCCUUCUCUCUUGUUUGAUAUCAAAUCUGCCAUGGAGAGGAAGAUUAAAGACCUCCCUCCCAAACCCAAAUACAGUCCGUCAAUUGUGGAUGUGGCCAUGGCUCCAAGACGGUUCUCCAUAUCCAGUGGAAGGUCUAUUCGAUCCAGAGUGGUAGUUCCGGAUUACGUUGCAGUGAAAGAGCGGAAGGUCAGUCUGAACUUCAUGAACCAAUUGAGGCACAUCUUCCAGAAGAAGUUGCAAAUCGACGAGAUGAACGCAACUGAUGAACCCCAGGACGACAAGCUCAGAUUGGGUCACACAGAUUUCAAACUAUCCCGGCAUCCAUCCCUCGAUGAUGAUACUGAGAUAUCCGAAUUAGAAAACGAAAGCCAAAACUCGACCCGACCUUCCACCAGCACAACCACUCAUCUUACCUCCGAUAUCAAGGACAUCGAAGAACUUCAUGACGAGGAGUCGAAGUCUUCGCCAGAACACUCCGACGACGAAUUGGAACAUAUCCGAUCCCCAAGUCCCUGGAGCGCAGCACCAGGACGCUUCUCAUUUUUCGAAUGAAGAUACAAUAAGCCACGCUCAGUCUGGAUCCCAAGGAUCUAGAAGCUCCUCAAGAUCUGAUCCAGCCAGGCCAGAAGAACAA